AUGGAGACAGAGAGGGGCUCCCUGGUCCCCCGGGAGGUGGAGACCCCAAAGAAGGAGCUGCAGCUGCGGGUGACCCCUUCGGAGGUGAAGUUCCUGGACACGCUGGCCGGGAGGGUGUACCGCCUCCCAGUUACUGUACACAAUCUCGGCCGUUGCAACCAGAAAAUCCGGUUUCAGGAGCCCCUCAAGCCACAGUUCAAACUGAUUUUGACCAAUCUGGAUAAAGCACUUGCUUCUGGACUUCAGAUGACAGCUAUGGUGGAAUACCAUCCUGACAAAGAUGAAGACACUUUUGACCAGCUACUUAUUUCAAUAGGAAAUAAAACAAUAGAGAUCCCGCUAGUUGGGUUGAUUCCAUCCUGUCAGUUGGAAAUUGAGUCAGAAGUUAAUUUUGGCACAUUGGUUUCUGAUAGUAAAGUAUAUUGUAAAGAGAUUAAUAUCAUUAACCAUGGCAGAGCUCCAGGUACAUUUAAAGCAGAAUACCAGGGCCAAUUACCCAUUGUCAUUUUUCCGAGUAAUGGUAUUGUGGAGCCCAAGUCAUCAGUGAUUGUUAAAGUGGAUUUCUGUGCUGACCAGCCCAGAAUUGUAAAUGAAGUGGCAAAAGUGAGUUUGCAAGGUCGUCCAGAUAUACUCUUGAGUGUCAAAGCUCAUGUGGUUGAGCAGAUUAUUGAGUUGUUAAACAUGAGUAAUGACAAAAAGUUGGAAUGCAUACACUUUGGUUCAGUUUUCUUUGGAACUUCAAAAAUUGAACAUGCACGUCUAUACAAUAAUAGCCCAGAACCCAUAAACUGGGUGGCCAUAAUGCAAAAUGAUUCAGUUGGAGAAGAACUGGGCACAAAUAUUCGACAAAGAACAGAUAUUGCCUUAAAUAAUCUCACCUACUUAAGCAAAAUAAAGAACAUGGAUGUUACCACUUUUAUCUCCUGUGUUCCUAAUGAAGGGAGGUUACUACCUUAUCAAAAGAUUGUAAUUACAUUUUGUUUCAGCCCAAAGCUAAUGACUGAUGGUAAAAAGAAUAAUGAUCCUUCACACAGGCAGGACUAUGCUCUCUUUUUGAGAUUUGACUCUGUGGGAAGUAAAGGUGGAUUUUUGAGGGAUGAUAACAGUAAAACCAUCAAAAGUGAUCAUUUUCAGAAAGUGGAAUUAGCACUGACAGGCACAGGACUUCCUGUCUUACUACAGUUUGAUCCAGGAAAGGUCCUUAAUUUUGCACCUUGUUUCAUGGGUGAACAUUCAGAGCUUCUUUGUAUUAUGCAAAAUCGAUCCAACUCACUUCCUGUGAUGUACCGCUUUCAAAAAACUGCACAUUUUAAAAUUGAUCCUGAAAGGGGUAAGAUUGAUGAAGGAUGUAUCCAGAAUGUGACAUGUUCAUUCAUUCCACAUCAAGUAGGAGUCUUUAAAGUGAAGCAAUUGAUAGAGAUUAUUGGCUCAGUGGCAGAUGAAAAUUUGCAGUCAUCGCUAAAGCCUUUUCAUCAAAUAUAUUUAGCUUUCAAGAGCGUCUGCAAACCUUCCACCAAGAAAGUUGUGAUGAAAAUUAAUCCUGGUAUAUCCCCUUUGGUCAGUAAUCCUACGGGACAGUUUGUGGUUAGAGACUUGCCAAAAUACAAGGACUGUGCACCUGUUACAAUGCUUCAAUCAGCCAUGACACGCCUUCACAAUCAUCGCAUAAGUAAAGAGUCAAUGAAGGGUGCACUGAUAGCCUUUCCCAAUGAUCGAGCUGCAAGUAUCAGGUCUGGAGACCAGCAUAAAGUUUUCAGGACGAUUUUCACAAAGAUUCCAAGGUAUAACUAUGUGGAUCCUGAUUUCACAUAUACUAAAUUUGAGAGAAUUGAAAAGCAAGCACAUGAAAAUUAUUAUGCAAGAUACAUUAAACAUUUAAGAAGUGCGCGCCUGCGGAAACAAGCAGAGAGGGAAGGCAUGGAUUCCUAUAAUGAUACAGACAUAGGAUUACAGCCAGCGUCCGGUCUAAAGUCACCUUCACUCUCCGAAACGGAAAUAGAGGAGGAAUUAUAUUCAGCAAAGUGUCUGAUUAAACCUAACCAAUUACUAAAUACCAGAAAUAUAGAAUCCAAGGAGACGACAGCUCUGAGAAGAAAGGUUCUCAAAGGACUUAAAUCGGACCCAUCCACGCCCCAUGAAAAACAUGAUUGCAGCUUAAUUUUGACACCAAAGCAAAUUCAUCAAGUAAUUGUUGGGCCCUCUGUCCUUAACUUUGGUGAUGUUUGUGUGAACUCCACAAAUACUCGUCUACUGCAUGUUAUUAAUAUGCUACCUAUGCAUAUUUUGAUCCAGUUAGAUAUUAAUUUGGAAGAACUUCAAAAAACCAACCAAUUUUCAUAUGUGAUUCCACCUACAGCUAGUACUUAUAUUUCAAUGGUAUUUGAAUCUCCCACCAUUGGAAAAUUUUGGAAGUCUUUCACCUUUACAGUGAACAAUAUACCUGGUGGCCAUAUCCUAGUGAUGGCAGUUGUCAUGCCAGUAAAGCUUGAGCUCUCUUCUAAUGAGCUAGUAUUGAGACCACAAGGCUACUCCAUGAAAACGUGUUUUAUGGGGACAGUUGGGUUGUAUAAUCAUCAGAAUUAUUUUGCCAAAUUUGAAUGGCAACCAGUAACCACAAAAAGAGGAAUGGCAUUUUCCAUCUGUCCAGCUAAAGGCACGGUUGAACCAUACUCUUCAUUGGAAUGUGAAGUAACAUGGCUGCCAGGUUUCAGUUCUCCAGAAAGGGGAGAAUUUGUUCUUCAUGUCAAUGAAGGAAACACGCUGACACUAAAAUGUGUUGCACAUCUUGGUCACACCAAGGUCAUAUUUUUGGAGCCAAGGAUCCUCUUCAGUAAUAGUCCUCAAGGUUUAACAACUUGGAGGAAAGCCAUUCUUCACAACGUAGGACAAAACCAUGCUUAUUUCAAGGUUUGUGACCAGAGUCUUUUGCCUACCAUUAAUAUUGUUCCAUCACAAGGAAUAAUUCCUUUUGGGGGAUUAACUGUUCUCAAUAUCUCCUGUACACCUACUGUAGUAGAAAAAUUUGAUACAAGAGCAAAGGUUGCUAUUCGCCAUGCAAAUGUCAUAGACCUUAGGAUUGGUGGAUCUGUUGAGAUUGCUGAUGUGGAAAUUAAUCCGGACAUAUUUAACUUCAGUGGUACCUAUGUUGGUGCUACUCAGAUUAUUCCAUUUAUAAUAAAAAACAAAGGUAUAACACGUGCCAGAGUGGAGUUUAAUCUACAAGACUUUGAAUAUUUUUCUUUGGAUUUUAAAGAUAAAACAGGGGAAUUCACAGACCCUGCGUUUCCUGACAUAUAUUCUUUGGAGUUAGAGGAAGGGACAUCUCUGGAAGGUGGCAUAGCAUUUUCUCCCAAAGAAGUGGCAACAUAUGACUUCAGCAUUCAAGUUCAAAUUAAUUUCUUCAGGGCUUCAGAACUUUACACUCAAUAUCGUUUGUCAAAUUCUCCUAUGAUUCCAAAGACAACACCACUUAUUCGACCGUGUCAUGUUCAAGCUACUGUAUUGCAAGCACCAUUGAGACUAUCCAGCACUGAUUUUAUAUUUGAAAUGCCAUUGCAUAUUUUGGAUCCUAAUAACAAGGUCACAAAAACUCAGGAUCUUGUCUUACAUAAUACUUCAAAACAAGAUGUGGAAUGGACUUUGGAUAUUAGUGACACUGGGAACCUUUUCAAAGAUGGCACAUUCCAGAUUAGUGUGCUGAGUGGGAUUCUGCAACCACACGAAGAAUGUACUAUUUCCAUAAGUUUCUGUCCAAAUCAUCCUAGAAAAUACACAGCUGAUAUUCCCAUUCGUCUAAAUGAUAAUCCAGUUGGCUAUCGAACGUUAUGUUUGGUUGGAGAGGUGAAAUCACCCAUGUUAUUGUUUGACCCUCCAUUCAUAUUUUUUACUCCUGUUCCUCUGGAUGUAACAACUGUAAUGGAUAUCAACAUUUUACCCCAAAACUAUUUCAGAGACUCAACGUUAAAUGUCCAGAUUCCCCCAGCAAGACUUUUUGAUGGGGACGAGGUUCAUCCUCUUUCUGUGACGUUUCCAAAAGGCAGAGUCAUCACAGGCUCUCCCAGUGGAAUGAAUGCGGAGCUCACCUGCCACCUCAGCUUCAGAUCAUCUAAACCUGUGUCCUUUUUCACCGAUAUUCUUUUCUGUGAUAACAGAGAUAACUGGUUUUUGCUUCCAGUUACUGCAACAGCAGAAAACUGUCUUCUUACCAUUUACCCAUAUAUGGCAACUCAUCUUGAUAAGCAAACAAUUGUUUUAAAGGAUGAUAAGGAUGACAAUUCUUUGAAGAAUAGAGACAAUGUUUUGCUUCCCUACCAAGAAGCUGGUUUAUCCUCUCCUGCUCCUACUAAAUUUAAUGAUGCUGAGCCUGCAGAGAGAAGAUUAUUUGUUGGAAUUGAAAUAAUACAUGAAAGGCUGAACUCAGGCAAAAGUAAAACAUCAAAGAAAGACAAUGAUAGAUCUAUGGAAAAGGAGGAGAAAAAUGAGCAUUGGUUUUCUCCUGAAGAAGGAACAAAGGCGUAUGUCUUCUUCGAGAAGGUUGUAAAUGCUGCUCAGACCUGGUUCAGUCUCUUCGGCUGGCCUGAAGGACCCCAUUCUCUUUCUAUUCCAGAAACAAUUAGAAGGGAAGUGUUUAAAAUACAAUUCUACUCGUCAACCUCAUCAUCCAAAAAAUUUUCUAGACAGAAUGACUUUUCCAAAUAUAAUAAGACCAUUUACGAUGUGAUGCUCCACUUGAGUGGAAAAAUGCCACCUGGAAUUAAUUCAAGUCAGUUCUUACCUGAGGAUUAUACUGAAAGGGUGACUCAACUUCAUUUUCAACAUUCUUCACUUCUUGACUUUCUCAACGCUCAAGGAGCAUGUAUUUCUCAUGUGCUGCCAGAAUUUCUGCUUGAACCAGAAGAUUAUAAAAAGUGGAUUGAAAUUACUUCUUUCACUAAUACCUUGCCUGCAUGUUCCCGUAUACCUAAGGAAAAGCACUCUGUUGUUAUAGAUAGGACUCAGUUUGAAGGUUGGAGUAAGCGGGCGUGGACGGAUGUAUUGCUUCAGAUAUACAAGGUUCUGGUACUAUCCCGGGUUGUACCACAUUGCAGCAGUAACCUGCCCCCCAUACAUGUGCAGAAUUCACCAAAAAUCAAUCCUUGUUUUUUAUCCAGCAACAUAUAUUCUAAUUCUGAAAGGAUUCUGCUUAGUUGGAUGAACACAAAUUAUGAGAAUGCCCGACAUAUUAUAUGGAAAAACUGUCACCAAGGAGUUAUUCCCCCUGACAGAUGGAUAGUAAAUUUUGACAAAGAUCUUUUAGAUGGCCUUGUUUUUGCAACACAGUUGGGAGCCUAUUGUCCGUUUUUGAUUGAGUCUCAUUUCGAAAAAAUGUACACACAACCAAAAAGUUCUGAACAGUAUAUGCACAAUUGCCUGAUUAUUGUGAAUGUACUUCAUGAAAUUGGCUUUGACAUGGACAUACAGGCCACGGAUAUCUGUGAUCCUAAUCCAAUCCUGAUGCUCAUGCUUUGUGUCUACAUGUAUGAAAGGCUCCCUACAUAUCUCCCCAAGAAGGUGGUGCCCUUUCAUUGUACUCUACAUGACACUGUGCUGAGACAGAUUCUACUGAAAAAUCCAAGCUUGAAAAACUUAGUGUAUAAUGCUAUAAUUGUUGGAAAAGAUGCCUCUGACUUCUCCCUUUCCCAAACAGGGAACAUUGUGACAAUAUCUCCGAAAAACCAAAUUGCUAUCACUCUGAAAUUCACCAGUCGCUUCCUUCAUCCUGCUGAAGCUUCACUGCUAUUAAUUUCAAAACCUAAGCAUGCAAUAGGAGGGACUACAAUGACUUUUGCUCUUAAGGGUGAAGUCCUCAGUUUUAAAGCCAUUGAAGUUUUACGUUGCAAAUCUCCAUGUUAUAAAUGGAAAGAAAUUAAUGUGAAUGUUAAAAAUCCCUUCCAUACUGCUGGGGACUUCAGUGUCAGGUUGGUGGAAUCCUCAACAUUUAUCUCUUUGCCAUCUCAAUUAACAGAAUCUGGACAAUUCAUUAACCACAUGAACCAUGGUGAUGCUGGGAAUAGCCCUGAAACUGAUAAUGCGGAGGGUUGUUGCCAUUCCCCAAAUGCCUUAAGAACCUCAAUUAAGUCCAAUUUCAUCAGAGAGUUCUUCUGCUCCACACAUACUCUUCACCUGGGAGUAAAAGGGACUUCAAGCCUGGAGCUCUUGUUUCUUCCCUUUGACAUGCACACGCGCUACUGUGUCAUCAUCCUUAGCAGCAAAGAGAUUGGAGAAUUAAUUUACGUUGUGGAAGGAAAAGGUAUGAUCCCCUUGCCUUCCUCCUUUCUCCCAAAGGAUUCUUCAGCUCCACUUGACUACAGCACUUCGCCAGAGGAAGUGUUGAGUAAGGAAAAUCCAGUUCUGUAUUUGAAAUGUGAGCUCCAUCAAACCUUGGAUGUGGACCUUAAGUUGCCACUGACUAAUGAAGCCAAGGAAAAGGCCUUGGCCUUGGCGGCCCAGCAGCAGAUGUCGGAUGUAGAGUAUGAGCGACGGUCGAUCACGGGCACUCUGGAGAGCAGCAGUGUUCGUGUGGCCAUCGCCCUCCUGGGGCUGACCAAGAUUGAGACUUGUAUGCUCUUUAAUACCUCAAAGCUAAAGAAGCCUAAGUCCAUUUUAUACACAGCAGAACUGAGCCUUCCAGAACAUUUUGAUAUCCCCAAGAAAAUCUACAUUCCUCAGAUUCCAGAAACUCAAGCUAAACUGACCCAAAGCAAAAUUGCAGAUGGAUCUGUUCUAGUUCCUUUACGAUUUGUUCCUCUCAGUCCUGGACGCUACCCUUGUAAAAUUUUGCUGAUAUCACGGCAUGAUGUGCGUGUCUAUUGCAUUGAAGGUGUGGUAAAUGAAGAACGUCCAGAAGCCAGGUUUGAAUUUGAAACACCAGCAUUUGAAGCCCUUACCCAACAUAUUCCAGUAAGUAAUAAGACAAAGAAUGAAUGGAAAUGUCAAGUUACUAUAGAAGGAGAAUGGUUUUAUGGACCUUCUGUUUUAUAUGUUGGACCAGGUGAAACUGUGCAGUAUCCCCUUACGUUCAAACCUAUUUUGGAAUGUGAGAUUAUGGGCAGACUUACUCUACAAAAUGAAGUAGAUGGUAUGGAGUAUGUCUUUGACAUAAAAGGGAUUGGAAAAAGACCCCUGGCCUUGGAACAUAUCACUAUAGACUGUCAAGUAGGGAAGAUGACAAAUAAACCCAUAAUGGUGCCCAAUUAUACAAAGACCAUCCAAACAUUUAAGGUAACUUCAGAUCUUCCAAUAGUGUGGGGAAACCCAUACAUCACCAUAGACCCUGACAAUGCAGUUCCAUAUAUCCUACAUGUGUCCCCUUGGAAACGUGGUGUAUUCAAAGGUACAAUUUCAUUUUCUGUUAAACGCAGACGAGAUGAUGACUCUCAGGAAGACUCAGAUCAAGAUCAAUGUCGAGCACCCUCCUUUGAAAAAUCAUUAUCAGAACUAUUCCAAAAGUUUGAUGAAGAAGACUCAGAUGAUAGUGUUAGCAAUUUCCAAGUCUGGUAUUAUCUUGAGAUCCAUAGCUCUCCGGGACCACCAGUAAACAUUAUUGAAAUGAAAUGCCUUGCUCUGGAGAGCAUUUACAUUGAAAUACCUCUCUCUAAUCCAAAAGUGAAAAUGAUUCAUUUAGAUGUGCAGUUAUCCAGUGCUGCCCUUAAUGGAUUUAAGCAACUUACACUGCACCCGCUAGAAUGUAUCAACUAUGUCCUACAGUAUUCUCCAGCGACUACAGGCUGUAGAGAUGAAAGCGUUAUUUUUCAGCCCGAUGUGGCUCUUGAGUUCUGGUAUUUACUGAGAUUAACUACUGAAUUACCGAAAUCAACCACAGUACCAGAAAUGCAAUGUGACCUUGGAAAGUAUGUCACUCAGAUCAUUCCUUUAGUUAAUCCAACACACGAGACCUUAGAAUUGCAAGCAACAAACAGUAAUCCUGAAAAUUUUGUCUUGGAUGUUAACAGAUCAUCACAACUGACCAUACCUCCUCACUCCAUCAAAGAAGUAUCUGUUCACUUUUAUCCUUCGGCUCUUGGAAGAACUGGUCAUCAAGUUUCUAUCACCUUCCACUGUACUCAGUUUAAAGAAUGGAUAUUCUACCUCUCUGGAGUAGGACUGUUCCCCCAGCCUAUAGACAUAGAAAGAAUAACCACAUACCUCCGUCUUCAUUCAUCUAUUGUUAUACCUUUCCAAAAUCCCACCAAGGAAGAUGUUUUGGUCAAUAUUGUACUAACAAGUCAGGAAAAACCUAGGCAUCUCGUCAUUGACUGUUACUGGGAUAGCUUCUUCCAUGAGACUUCUGCCUUCAAGUUUAGUGGUCUGAGUCACACACAAGGAAUCACAUUGCCUCCUAAAGGGAAUAUAGAUAUCCCAGUGUUAUUUAUGCCCCACAUUAUGAAAUUACACAGAACAAUGGUCAUUGUUCAAAUGAUGAGGGCGAAUAGAGAAAGUUGGCCUAUUGACAAUUUUGAUGAAUUGAGCACAGAGAUGAAAAGAACUAUGGGAAUAGAAAGUGGAGCAAUCCAAGCAAUACACUGGAUAUACCCUAUUCUUGGACUUCCACAGGCACUACAUCCUAAAUUCCCUCAAGUUGUCAUAAAAUGUCAGUCCAGGAAGCGGAUAGAACAGGAGGUGGAAGUCACGCUGACUGGUGAUUUUUUUGGAGAAAAUCCUAUCUUAGAUGCGACAGAUUUUGUAGUGAUUCCAAAAAAGUCUUCAUAUGAUUCUUAUGAAGAUAUUGAUGAUUUGCCUGUGAAACGUGAAUUUGAGUAUGAAAUUCAAUUUGAAUCUGAAGUUAUGAAGUCUAACUUGGGAUCCUGCGUAGCUUUGUAUAUGAUCAAAAAAUCUUAUCAUAUCAAAGCUGAAAUGAUAGCAUUGGUCUUCAAUGUGGUAUUUGCACCAAAGAAACCAUUGAGGACUCAAAUUACACUGAAAAUAGAGUGCAUAACAGAUGGGAUUUGGAAGUUUCCCAUAACGUUGGUUGCUACUGAGCCUGAUGUGGAUGAUGUCAUUGAUAUUGAAGGCAUUGGUUUAUUUAAGGAAUCUAUUGUUGACUUCAGGCUGACAAGUCAGACGAGAAAUCCCGAGCCGUUCACUGCAUACUUCCUACCUGGCAGUGAUCCUGAGUUUUUUGUGAAACCUCAGGUUGGAGAACUUCCUCCUUUUGACACUGAAGGAACUGUCCUCCUUGUGGGUUUUAAACCCCGAAUGUACAGUAGGAAAUACAAAGCAACAUUAGCAAUACAGACACCGGACAUGUACUGGCUGUAUGAUAUCAAUGGAUUACCUCAAGUUACCGUGCCACCGAUGAAUGUAAAAGCCAAAAUUGACACGACUAAUGAGAGGUUUCAGAGCAAGCCAGUUCGUCGGCGCAAUAUUAUCCGUGAAAAUGCUAAACUCACAAGGACGGGGGUGUCCUCUACCAUCAAGGGUGCACCUUUGAUGUUGAAGAAUAAAUAA